AUGAUAGAGGCUAUCAAGGAGCAUGCAAUUAUACAUGGUAGGGAAGUGAAAUUGAUAAAAAAAAACGACAAGAGACGAGUUCAGGCUAAAUGUGUGAAAGGGUGUCCUUUCCAAGUAUAUGGAUCAAAGAUUAAUACAGAGGAAUGGACAUUUGGAAUAAAAACUUUGAGCCUAGAACAUCAGUGUGGAAGAGUGGACAAGCUUAGGUAUACCACAUCAAACUGGCUUUGUGACAGAUAUGCAAACAUGCUGAAACGCAACUCAGAGUUUGAUCUGAAAUCAUUUCAAGAAGAUGUGUUGGAAGAUUACAAAAUAAAUGUCAAAAAAAUUCAAGUUUAUAGGGCAAAGGGGCUAGCUAGAGAUUUAAAUGAAGGUACUUUCAAAAAACAAUAUGCUAGGUUGUGGGAUUAUGCAGAACAAUUGAAAAAUGCAAACAGGGGUAGUACAAUGAAGAUUAAAACUCAUAUUGUAAAGGUUGAGACAGUGUUUCAAAGGAUAUAUGUGUGCUUGGCUGCCUGUAAGAAGGGAUUUUUAGAAGGUUGCAGACCUGUUAUUGGUGUUGAUGGCUGUCAUUUGAAAGGGCCUUAUCCUGGAGAGAUCUUGACAGUUGUUGGGGUGGAUGGGAACAAUGGUUAUUUCCCAGUAGCUUAUGCAGUGGUUGAUAUUGAGAGUAAAGACUCUUAG